AUGUCCCCCACUUUCGACAGCACUCUAGGCGCAGCGUUUAUUGGGUUCGGUUUCUCGUGCCUCGGAUACGGGUUCGUGCUCUCGCAGAUCGUUAGUUACUUCACGCGCUAUACCGCCGACAAAGCGGUAUACAAAUUUCUCGUCGUGGCGAUAUGGGUGUUGGAGACUGCCGAUCAAAUGCUUGUGGGACAUUUCGUCUACUUCUACACGAUUUCAAAUUUUGCGAACCCCUUCGCUCUCCUUGAGGGGACAGUAGUUUGGUCUGUUAUUCUUCAACUUACUGUCGGAGCCCUGGUUGGAACGAUAGUGAAAUGCUGCUUCAUACUACGAGUGUGGCGGUGUGAGAACCUUCUUUACGUCCCUCGAUCAGUACCUAAAGCUUGCAUCUCAGUUAGCCGACAUAAUAAAGCAGCCACAUUGUGCUUGCUCUUGCUCGACUUAACACAAUUUGCUCUGGCCAUCGUCUAUACGAUCAAAGCAUUCCAGCUUGGCAGUCUCGUCAAUGUCUACAAGCUUAGAAUUCUAGGGAUUGUUUCCUUGUCCUUUGGCCUGGCGACGGACGUGAUGAUUGCUGCGUCUCUGUGCUAUUUCCUCCGGCAUUAUCGAACGGGCCAUAGUGGGACGGAUAGUUUGGUGAACGCACUCUCCGUGUACGCCGUCAACACAGGUGCACUCACGAGUGCAGUCAGUCUUUCUACCCUACUACUAUACUGGACAAUGCCAGAGAAUAACUUCUAUUUCAUUGCCGUCUAUUUCUCUUUGAGUAAAUUCUACGCUAUCUCGUUCAUGGCCACGCUGAACACACGUAAGAUUAUUCGGGGACGAGGAUCGGAUUAUUCUGCAAAGGACGGCGGGAGCAUUAGUACUAAUAGUGCCAUUGGAUCUACCGGACUAAGGAUGGUGAUUGAAACUUCUUCGACUUCUGGUGCAGUUGAACUGCAGCCGAUGAGAAAGCUAGCGUUUGCGCACGACGAGGCGUUCAUUCGGGCUCCUCCCAUGGCGUUUUGA